AUGAGGUCGAGAUAUGCUUUCCAGCUUGCUUUCUCCGCGACGGAGAUAAACUUUGACCUGAUCAAAACUCUCUCUCAUGGGCGGUGGUUGGUCUCUCAUGCGCAGUUGAACCUCCUUUAUCCUUCGGAGCCGCCGGAGCCUCUGGACCCGCCGGAUCCACCGGAUCUAGCUCCUCUUUCUCAAUCACAGUUCACAACUCCUUCGUUUCCAUGA